AUAGAAAUGUUCUAUUAUUGUGACAAGCAAUCUAUGAUUAUGUUGACAAUAACCUACAAACAACAAAUAUUUUUCAAAGAAUACUCUAAAUAAAUGGCACUGUUUCGGUUUCCACAAUUUUAGAACAAUUCCCAUUAUGUUCACUCAAAUUUGUUCCUUGGUUUUGGUUGCAUUGUUAUGGGGAUGUACAAAUCCAAUUUUGAAGAAAAAUUCAACUAAAAUAGUAGAUAUAAAAUCAAGUUCCCAGAUUGAAAAUUUUUAUUUAGAAGUUAAAUACUUAUUUACCAACCUUAGUUAUAUGAUACCAUUUAUUGUGAAUCAGUUGGGAUCUGUGAUGUAUUUUAUAGCUCUACAAAAUAUCGACAUAUCACUUGCAUUACCAGUAGCUAAUUCACUGACAUUUGUCUUUACUGCUAUAGUAGGCUGGAUAUUAGGAGAGGAAUUGCCUAAGACUAAUGUUAUUCUUGGAAUUCUAAUGAUUUUUACUGGCACUGCAUUAUGUACUUACGCCAAGCAGCUGAAUGCUAAUUAAUGGAGUAUAGGAAAGAAAAACAUCAACUUUAGAUUCAUGAUUUGACUAUAUAGAUAACAUACAAAGAAGUUGUGAUAAAUAUAUAUUAAAUAUUUUAAAACUAUCUAUACAAUAUACUUUGACUUGUUACAUAAUAUUUGAUACAAUUUAAAUACUUUACAUCAAAUAAAAAUAUCAGUUUCAACUA